AUACAUACAGCCGCCGGCGCCGAGCCGAGCGGAGGUGUCCUGCGCGCGCUCCUGCCACUAUAGCUUUCGAGUCGGUUUUUUCGCGGGAAAUUGCUACAACGGGAGCAUCAGAACAGUGAUAAACAUCAAUCAUGUGCGUUGUGAUACAGUGCUGUGAAAUAUCCCCAAGCUCAAUUGGGAAAAUAGUGCAUUAACGUGACAUCGUAUCUGCACCGAGCUGGAUUCGCAUUGGACCUCACCAAAGAGCUGUGCACAAUGGAAGCAGUCGAGGGGGUUAAGGAGACCGCAACCGCAACCGCAGAGCUGGCCGCCCUGCUGGACGCCGGGGCCGGCGCCGUGGCGGUUCUGGAGGCGGGCGACACGCGGCUGGUGGCGCACGCCGCGGUGCUGGCAGCCAGGAGCCCCGUGUUUGCCGCCGUCUUGCGGCCCGACGCGCUGCAGGCCAGCGGCGGCGUGGUCGCGGUCAGCGGGGUGGAGGGCGCGGUGCUGCGCCUCCUGCUCGCAUACUGCUACACGCUGCGGGCCCCCCAGCUACCCAGCGUGGCCGCCCAGCUGCUGCUGGCCGCAGAGAAGUGCGGGUUGCCGCUCCUGAAGGCGGAGUGCGAGCGGCAGGUGGCCGCGCAGCUGUCCGUGGAGACGGCAGCCGCCACUGCCCUGCUGGCAGUCAGGCACUCCUGUGCCAGCCUCCGGCAGGCCGCCGUCAGCUUCGUUAGGGCCAACUUGGUCGAGGUGAUGGCCACUCGGGGCUGGGCCGAUGCAGUGCGCUCCCAGCCUGAAGACGUGGUCAAACUGAGUCGGCUGCUCGCCGAGUCACCGGCAGGGUGCGGUGUUGCAGCCACUGAAGACAGCGGCCCCCACAGCGGAGGUUGGCCAACUCAUGACGCAGCAGCUGGAGACGGCGGCCCUCACAGUGAAGGUCGGCCGACUCCUGCCGCAGCAGCUGGAGACAGUGGCCCUCACAGUGAAGGUCGGCCGACUCCUGUCGCAGCAGCUGGAGACAGCGGUCCUCACAGUGAAGGUCGGCCGACUCCUGCCGCAGCAGCUGGAGACAGUGGCCCUCACAGUGAAGGUCGGCCAACUCCUGCUCAAGCAGCUGGAGACAGCGGUCCUCACAGUGAAGGUCGGCCGACUCCUGCUGCAGCAGCUGGAGACAGUGGCCCUCACAGUGAAGGUCGGCCGACUCCUGCUGCAGCAGCUGGAGACAGCGGUCCUCACAGUGAAGGUCGGCCAACUCCUGCCACAACUGAUGGAGAAAGCAGACCCCAUAGCGAAGGUCGACCGACUCCUGCUGGAACUGCACCGCCCCCAGAUCCGUACCACACUUCUCCACCUGAUGACGCCAUUAUCUGUCGAUUGCAGAGCUUAUCCGCACAGGAGAAGAACAGGCGAUUGAUCCUUGCGGCUAAGACAGGGGAAGUAGAGGCUCUGCGAACGCUUCUGGCGGCGGGAGCAGAUAUCGGGGCGAAAGACUGGUUCAGGAGGACGACUCUACACUUCGGAGCAAUGAGGGGACACGUGGAAGUAGUCCGAUGUCUGUUGGAGAACGGAGCGGUGGUAGACACUAAGACGAGCAAGCAGAACACGCCUCUCCAUUGGGCUGCGUACAAUGGCCACGUGGAGGUGGUGCGCCUGCUGAUAGCUGCCUGUGCUGACCCUAAUGCGAGGAACUGGGACGGAAGGACGCCGCUGCACUGUGCGGCCGCGUGGGGCCACGCGGAGGCCGCUGCUGCGCUGCUGCAGGCGGGGGCCGACAAGAGGGCCGAGGACCACAGUCGGCUCACCCCACUAGACCUCGCCAUGUGGAACAAUGAGGAGCAAGUGGUACGAGUCCUCAGAUGAAAUGGACGACGUCCAGCAACUUCUGUCAACUUACACGAAUAAAUCUUUGCUACAUGUAUUUUUCAUAGUUAAUAAAAUUAGUUCAACAGUCA